UUAAACACCGGCUGUGUUCUGUUCCAUAUUUAUAACUAUCAGAAAUACACGGAGUACAGAUAAAUACAAUGGCGAUGGAAAUGGAUAGUGCACCUAACGAAGUUGGUGUUGAGCUCACCGACACUGAAAAUGAGUUGUAUGAUAGGCAAAUUCGACUAUGGGGCUUGGAGUCCCAAAAGCGACUACGCACGGCAAAAGUCCUCAUCUCGGGGCUAAAUGGAUUGGGAGCGGAGAUUACAAAAAAUAUAAUAUUGUCUGGAGUAAACUUGGUAAAGUUGCAUGACGACAAGUUGGUUACUGAAGAGGACUUCUGCUCCCAGUUCUUGAGCGCACGGGAAAAAAUUGGCACUAACCGCGCGGAAGCGUCAUUAGACCGUGCACGUGCUUUGAAUCCGAUGGUGGAAAUAUCUGCCGAUACGCAACCACUAAAAGAUAUGGGAGCAGAAUACUUUGGUCAGUUUGAUGUUAUAGUAGUUAGUGGUGAAAACAACGCGGAACUGCUACGUAUCGAUUCAAUAUGCCGCGAAUUGGGUGUAAAGUUUUUUGCAACUGACGUUUGGGGCAUGUUUGGCUUCUAUUUCGCUAGUCUGCAAACGCAUCGUUAUGUAGAGAACAUAAUAAAGCACAAGAUCAUUUCCAAACCCAACGAAAAACAAAAGACUGAAAUUAUAUCAACACCAGUUCAGUUUGAAGUUGAGUAUCCAGCAUACUCUACUUGGCUAGACUUCGAUAUUAAUGCACCCAGCUAUCAACGCAAAAUUAAACGUAACGGACCCGGUAUCGUGCUAUUGCGCAUUUUGCAAGAAUUUCGCGACGUGAACAAGAGAGAUCCAUCAUUCAAGACAAGGGAAGCCGAUAUUAAUAAAUUAAAGAAAAUCCGUGAUGGCAUCGCAUCAAAGUCGACUAUAACUGAUGACGCUAUCGGUAUGCUUUUUGCACAGGUUUCACCAGCUGCCGCGGUCGUUGGUGGUGUGGUGUCACAAGAAAUCAUAAAGGUUGUUACCAAAAUGGAAGCUCCACAUCGGAAUCUAUUCAUUUUCGAUCCAGAGACAUGUGUGGGCUAUGUGGAACCCAUUGGUGUCAACUAAUUUAAUUCAGAUGUCGAAUAAAAGACUUCAUUCCUCAUUUUAAAAAUUUAAAAA